AUGAAAGCACAGUCUAAGAACAGAGAUCCAUUUUCCAGAAUUCCCAUACCAAAAUCAUUUUAUCAUCCAAGUCAACAGAAGAAUCUGACAAAAACACAGAAAAAGAUUGCACUCAGUCCAAGUAAGGAAAGACGUGUCAACCCUGAAGAUGAGGCAUUUUUAAAAGGAUCCAAUAUCUACUCCAGUCAGACCCCUCCAACCAGAGAACAUGAUUUUGGACCGUCAAAAUUUGAUGAGUCAUGGCCAAGCAGUGAAAGACCUUCCAUAGCAAGUACAUCUGGUUAUGAUAGAAGUGACAAUAUAACUAUGGUCUCUGAUGUCAAACAGUCCUUAUUUACUCACCUAGACCCUGUUGAGGAAAAAGCUAAAACUAGCUCCAUAUUACAGAGAUAUAUCAACAGAUUUCGUAACUCCGCCCCAAUGAGUCGAGAAGAGAGAGUACAGAUGGGGGUAGGGGAUGAUAAAGAUUUCUGGUGGCUGGGUAAGACCAGUGACUCUAAUAUGACUCCAACCAGUAGCUCCACACCGAAAGAUGAAGACAGAAAGAGAAGUCGUCAGUUUAUAGACAGAUCUGAAUCUCAGGCUUAUACAGAUACUUUUCAAUCAUUGUCAAGUAGUAGAAAGAGGAGAUCACAACUUGAAGAUGAUUUAAGGACUCAAAAUUUACAGGAAAAAGCUGAUAGAAUAUUGAGCCAAAGUGAGAGUAGUCUUGGAUCAUUAGAAGCAGGGCCAGCUGUUAGCAGUGAUGGUCUAGCUAGUUCAGAAUCACAGUCCUCUAGUUUUGAUGAACCUACCAUAACACCUAGACCUCAGUAUAGAACAGACUUUAAAGACAAGCGAGACAAAGAUAUGCCAGUAAGAAAUAAAGCCCAGAAUGAAGAUAUCCUAUCGUAUAGAUCCAACAUCAAACGCCCUGAAGAUGAUAUUCUUUAUCAAUGGAGGUUACAGAGAAAGAUGGAUUUAUCUCGUAAUGGAGCUGCUGAGCUGAUCUCUAAAAAUAACUCAGAGGUACAAUCUAAACUAAAAGAGAUCCAACAAAGAGUGUUGUUAAAAGAUAUAUCAGAGACCGAAUCCAGACCACAACUAUCUACUCCGCGCUUUACUUCAGCGCCAACUAGAAAUGAUGAUAUCUAUACACAUUCAGAGGUUUCAUCCCACUCCAGUGUGCAAGAACCUGAAAAAAUCCCUAUAACAUCGUCCCAGAAACCUUAUAUAGCUAGUCCAACUCUGGCACACAAACAGCGAGGGGACAAGGAAAAUGUGGAGCCUCAUUUACAUCUAAUGUGUGAUGUCUUGCCGUGCCCUCAUGCCCAGAAAUAUCAGGAACAAUUCAAAAAUCUUUACGACUCGGAAGUCUUACCAAAUGGAGAGGCUGAGUAUAAGAGCGUGUCAACGACACAACGUAAAAAGGCAUCCAGUAAUGUUGUGACAGACUCUAGGAAAACAGACUUGCUUGAAAAUAGACAAUAUAUAGAAGCUGAGAAACAAGCUGAAAAGCGUCAGAAGGAUUCCAGAAAUCAUUGUGAUAGUGCUAAUAGGAAGUCUACACGUGCUCAAACUCAAGACAAAUCUUCCUCAGAUAGCUUAAAUAGAGUUACUUCCCCUGAAAUAGAAGCAGACUACAAACAAUCUCCAACUGUUGUGAAAUCAACAAAAUCUGUGCUAGAAAGUGUUGAUUUUGAAUCCAGUGAUAUGGAUGUGACUUACAGGGACAAAGAGGAGGACAUUUCCCACACAAAGGAUCCUGGAUCUUCUAAUCGCAUUCCCAAAAGUCCAACCAAAUCCAAGGUCAUCCAUCCUAAAUAUUCCAGCAGUCCUGCUAGAUCUACUCCCCCUAUAACUUCAGCUAUUGGACAGACUGUGAAAGAUUAUAUGUUCACUGCCUCCACUAGCGUUGACAGUAUGUCAUCUUUAUUGUCAAAUAUAGCAGAUAGUUCACCUGAAAGACAACAGACCUCUUCUUCCAGUAGACAACAGGGGCAGUCGUCCAGAAGGGAACUCUCAGAGCAGUCACAUUCUUCUAAUAGACAUGUGCAACAUUUAGGUGGGGAACAGAUCUUAGAGCAGACUGAUAAUUUGAGCAGAGGACAGACACAAUCUUCGAAUAGGCAGCAAAGCGAGGCAAGAGACAAAUCCAAAAAGCAGCAGACAUCCUCAAGCAGGCUGCAAAAAGAGUCUUCGAUUAGGGCCAAGUCUCCUACUUCAAGCCAACAGAAUGUGCAGCUGUCCAGUCAGUACUCAAAGCACAGAGGAAUCUCAGGAAGAACAGAGAAAGAAAGAGAUAGUACUGAGUCACUAGCCAGGUCUAGCCAGGACCAGAGUACAUGGACCAGUAGAGAUUUAGAAGGCAGUGGUGGUGAAGAUCAAGAUGGUCAUACAAGAUACAGUUCUGAAAUAAAUGAUGAUGAUGAUGUUUCUGAUGAAGAAUUUGCUGAUGAUCAGUUAUUAAAGUUACUACGGCAACAGAGGAAUGAUAUAGAAAAAAAACUAGGUGAAAUAGAUAAACAAUUGCUUGAAAGAUAA